AUGCUCUGCUACCUGAAGGAUGACAGCCCUAUGGCAGAAGCACUGAAUGAACCCGUUAACAACAUAGACUUUUAUUACCCCAUGGAACUUCUAGAUGGAAUGCCCACGACCCCUGCUGUAUCAACCUCUUUGUCUCCAAGUGUAUCUAGCACCACUCUGGUAUCUGCAACUGCAACAACGAUUCAAGAACCCACAACAACUCUGCCAACUUUCAUAUCCACAAGCCCUGAACCUUUAAACUCAACAACCAAACGACCAACAAUGAUCUCAACAAGCCCAGGACCAUCAACGACCUCAGCGACUCCGGAACCUUCAACGACCUCAACGACUCUUGAACCUUUAACGACGUCAACGACUCCGGAACCUUCAACGACCUCAAAGACUCCGGAACCUUCAACGACCUCAACGACUCCUGAGCCUUCAACGACCUCAACAACUCCGGAGCUUUCAACGACCUCGACUCCGAAGCCUUCAACGACCUCAACGACUCCGGAGCCUUCAACGACCUCAACGACUUCGGAACCUUCAACGACCUCAACGACCCUGGAACUUUCAACUUCAACGACUCCUGAACCUUCAACGACCUCAACGACUUCCGAACCUUCAACGACCUCAACGGCUCCGGAACCUUCAACGACCUCAACGACUCCGGAACCUUCAACGACCUCAACAACUCCGGAACUUUCAACCUCAACGACUCCGGAACCUUCAACGACUUCGGAACCUUCAACGACCUCAACGACCCUGGAACUUUCAGCCUCAACGACUCCUGAACCUUCAACGACCUCAACGACUUCGGAACCUUCAACGACCUCAACGACUCCUGAACCUUCAACGACCUCAACGACUUCGGAACCUUCAACGACUUCAACGACUCUGGAGCCUUCAACGACCUCAACGACUCCGGAAUCUUCAACGACUUCAACGACCUCGGAACCUUCAACGACCUCAACGACUCCUGAACCUACAACGACCUCGGAACCUUUAACGACCUCAACGACUUCGGAACCUUCAACGACCUCAACGACCUCGGAACCUUCAACGACCUCAACGACCUCGGAACCUUCAACGACCUCAACGACUUCAGAACCUUCAACGACCUCAACGACCUCGGAACCUUCAACGACCUCAACGACUUCAGAACCUUCAACGACCUCAACGACCUCGGAACCUUCAACGACCUCGCAACCUUCAACGACCUCAACGACUUCGGAACCUUCAACGACCUCAACGACCUCGGAACCUUCAACGACCUCAUCGACCUCUGAACCUUCAACGACCUCAACGACUUCAGAACCUUCAACGACCUCAACGACCUCGGAACCUUCAACGACCUCGCAACCUUCAACGACCUCAACGACUUCGGAACCUUCAACGACCUCAACGACUUCGGAACCUUCAACGACCUCAACGACUUCCGAACCUUCAACGACCUCGGAACCUUCAACGACCUCAACAACUCCGGAGCCUUCGACGACCUCAACCCCUGGAAUAGUGACCAAACACACCAUGUACUCUUGGGCGGAUGCGAAUGACACCUGUGUAAGACUCGGAGGAAAGCUCUACACGCCCAAGAGUGGUGAUGAAGCGAUGAACCUCUCUAUCGAACACGGAAGCAUCUGGACGGACUGA